CACGAGCCGCCUCUUAUCUUUUUGUUUUAUAUUGCACCGAUGAAGCUCCAUUCGUUGCUGGUGCUCCUUUGCGCGUAUAUACUUGCCUUGCUGGCGCCCGUUCAGGCCCAUUCGGUCACAGGCAAUAAAGUGCUUGUCUUGCUCGACGACCUUGCACAGAAAGCGACUUAUUCACGCUUCUGGCAAUCCUUAACAGAUCGUGAUUAUAAACUCGUAUUCAAGACUGCUUCCGAGGCUGAUGCCACAUUAUACUACUUUGGCGAACGUCUUUACAACCAUAUUAUUCACUUUGCACCGAAAGCAGAAAUUCUCAGUCAACAUGGUGGUAUCGGCAACAUUCAGCUUGUUAAAUUUGUCAAUGAUGGCGGUAAUCUUUUAGUCGCCGUGGAUGAGGACGCGAGUCGUGCCGUCAAAGACUUGGCUAGCGAGUUUGAUGUAGAAUAUGAUCAUGGCAAUAACAAGGUGUUUGAUCACAAUGCUUUACCCCACGAUAUCAUCGCCGCCGACGAUAUUGUUGCGCCCAACACCAUCAUUGAGUCGGACAGCGUCCGUGGACCAGUCUUGUACAAGGGCAUCGGUCUUUUCGUCGGUCCUACUCCUCUCUUAAAUCGUGUUUUGACCACCGGCCCCGACGCUUUUAGCGCUGACUCGUACCGCGAAGGCGCCAAGCAUGAACAGAUCGACCUGGUGGCGUCAUUGCAAGCCAGAAAUUCAGCUCGCGCAACAUUUGCAGGAUCAUUAGCUUUGUUUUCCGACGAAUUGUAUGAAUCAUCUCCUGCAAAGAGUUCCAAAUCGCAUGAAAAGGUGUCGGGAAACGCAGCAUUUAUCUCGCAGCUCGUUGAAUGGACAUUUCAAGAAAAGAGCGUACUUAAACUCGUUUCCCAUCGCCACCAUCGAGUCAACGAAACGAAGCAACCCGAAUGGUACAGAGUUAAGGAUCACAUGGAUUACAUCUUGGAAGUCUCCGAGUACAAGAACAGACAAUGGGCUCCUUUCAAGGCGGAUGACAUUCAGUUGGAAGUGAUCAUGUUGGAUCCUUAUAUUCGCACAACCAUGAAACAAUUGCAUGUGGAAAAGCAUCAUCAUUUUGGACGAUUCAUGGCUCAUGUUCAGUUACCUGAUGUGUACGGUGUGUUUACGCUGCGAGUCAAUUACAAACGCGCCGGACUUUCGUAUUUGCUGGCGGAAGAUGUGGUGGCCAUUCGCCCAUUUAGACACAACGAGUAUCCCCGCUUCCUUAUCGCGGCCUAUCCCUAUUACGCGUCGGUUGGUAGCAUGAUUGUAGGUUUCUUGGUGUUUAGCAUCGUAUGGCUUUCCACAUGGGGUACCAAAGAAAUCACCCCGUCCAAAGAGAAAACGCAAUAAAUCACAACACACAGACACCCAAAAAAGUGGUUUAUACAAAAUACAAGACUAAGGGACACCGACCACAUGACCUGCAACUCUCUAUUGUCCGAGGUGAAAAACGAGAAAAUGAAAUUUUUUAAACUUUUACAGUGAUUGGUGCAUUCUUGAGAGUGCCCUUUUUGUUUGUUCUUUCACCGAUCCAACCAUGGAUCAGAAAUUGCCAAUGAUGUUUCUUUCUUUAUUUGGGGAAACGCAUAUUUAAACGAUACUAAGGAAUGACGAUCGUGAGCGGAUAAGCAAGAUGAUGAAAAAAAGCG